CGUGGGCGGAGCGCCGACCUCCCGGAGCCAAUCGGAGGCGGUGCCGCGAGCGGACAGGCCUGGUCUCCGCGUGCUGGAUACACGUGAGCUGGAACAGCUAUUGUACGCCGGGAGGCAACGUGCUGAAGCGUUCCUCUCGCCUGAAAAAACGGCACACUCACGUUUUCUGUGGAUUACAAGGAAACUGGAAAAGCCAUGCUGCACUACCUGAUUAUUACAGAGAGGCAAGACUCUGCUUUAAUGGAGAUGGGCAAAGUUCUAAAAUAGUGAUCUUGAGCAGAAUCACAAGAGUUAUUUGUAAUGGCCCCCUGGUGUAAAGAUUGUUUCAGGUCACAUCAGAGCUGACGCAUUUUUUUUUUCUGUUUUUAUCGCUGCUGCAUACACACACUAUGAUCAGUCACCGUUGGUACCUGUCAGACAAAACAAACACGCUGUUCUACUCGAAGUGUGGCACGAGGGUAGGUGUGUCUCAUAAAUAAUAAGCGGGGUCUGUUAAAGCCCGGCACCGCCCCCUUCGCGCCUCGCUCGUUUGUUCCGCGAGGCGUGACGUCACGUGAACUGCCCGUGUCCGUUCCAGCUGAGAGAGAGAGAGAGAGAGGACGGUCGGACGGACCAAACACAGUCCCAGGCUCGUGCGCCCGUGACUGGAUCCACCGGAUACAAAAAAAAAAGUACAGACGGAGAAAGAGGAAACGACCCCUCCUCCCCCUGCGACGGACAGCAGAGCGCGACAGCAGAGGAGACAAACACCAAUACAACUUGUCAUCUGACCAACACAGCCACUGCCCUCGUCGCUCUGUGUGUGUGCGUGCGUGUGUGUUCUCUCGACACACUGUUUCGACUCGGUUGUUUUGUUUUUAUCGGAGACUUGAUUUUUGCAACUAUUUUUGGGGGGCUCUUCCUCUCAUUGAUCACCGGACGAUAUUGCGGGAUAUUUACUCCUUAAGUUGUAAUAUUUUUCUCGUCCGUGCAAGUGUCCGGAUUUUACUGUCAUUUUUUGUUGCCUUUUUUUAUUAUUAUGGACAGUAUUCCUACUCAGAUGGUCUGAGUGUCCCUCCCACACUGGUCCACAGAGAAUAACAGCCUGAUCCACUUGUGCAGCUUCAGCAGCGUCAAACUGCAAUGGAAUAUUUCGACGAGAAUAUUUCUACGAGGAAAUAAGGAAGUCUCCAUAACUGCGAGUCAAAGUCACCCAGCACACUAUUGGCAGGUACUCCGGUCAGUUCGUCACACCCCUUCAAAGUGCCCCAGGUGUCUCUCCGCGACCCCGACCGGUCCAGGAUGUCCAGGCAGCUCACCCAGCUUCCGACCCCCGACCUCCCAGCUGGUGCAAGCCCCCAGUUUGGAACUUGCACUCAGCCUGCAGGCUCCCUCACAGGAGGGCAUCUCAACUCCAUGACAGGACUCAAGUCCCUCCUGCAGCACCCCAUGAAGGGAGACCAACGCUUAAAAGCCCUGUGCGAUGUGAAAGACAAAGAGAGGCUGGACCUUGAUGAGGACUCAUUGGGAGUGUGCCCCAUGAGGAAUGGCAGUGGAAUAGGCACCAAUGGCAGUAAUGGCUGUGGAAGUGGUGGAAGUGGCACAGGUAGUUUCAACCAGUUCUUGGGGCCCCUCUUGUGGGAUCGCACCCUGCCCGCCGAUGGGGGCCUCUUCCAGCUUCAGUACAUGGACUUGGAGGAGUUUCUGACGGAAAAUGGAAUGGGCAGCAUGCACAACAACAACAGCUCCAGCUCGGCCCAAAUCCCCUCACAGAGCUCCCAGUCAGCUGUCCCCAACCAGAGCUCCCAGUGUCUACCGCCAUCAUCCCCAGGCUCCACAUCCUCAUCACCUUCCUCCUCCACCUCUCCAUCGCUCAUCGGCUUGGAGGUGGCCCAGCAGCAGAGCCUCUCUGGAGGGAACGACUGUCUGCAUGGGAGUCAGACGAGUAUGAACGAUUCGUGUGAGUCACCCUGCUCCUCCUCCGGGUCCUCCUGUCCACCUCUGCUGACGCCCACCGGCAGCGGGCCCGAUGCGGUCGGCCUGUUUGACAUGGAUACUUCGGACACCAUGUCCAACUCCUCUGGCCAGCAGAACUUCGACAACAUGAGGCACUCCUUCAGCGAAGAGGAGCUCAAGCCACAGCCGAUGAUCAAGAAGGCCCGCAAGAUCCUGGUGCCUGACAGCUUGAAGUGUGUGGUGUCUCCGUCUGUCCCCUCAAAGGAUGAGAAGUACUGGACCAGGAGAUACAAGAACAACGAGGCAGCAAAGCGCUCCCGAGACGCUCGCCGCCUCAAGGAGAACCAGAUUUCCGUGCGCGCCGCCUACCUGGAGCGAGAGAACGCCGCCCUCCGGCAGGAAGUGGCCGAGAUACGGAAGGAACUUGGCCGCUGUCGCAACAUCCUUAGUAAAUACGAGAACCGUCUCGCCGACCAGUGAUGAUGGCGAGGAGCGAAAUCAGGAGGAGGAGGAGCAAAAAAGCUGGAUUAAAUCUAUGACUCUGAAUAUCUCGCAGGGUGGCACGAUGGACAGAAUGGGGGUGAAGAAAAAUGGCGAUGAUGAUGAUGACGGUGACGAAGCUGAUGAUUAUGAUGAUGAAUGUAUAAGACAAGGAGGAAAGUUUGUGUAAUGAAGCUCAGGUGUCUUGUUUUCGUUGAGGUGUCGGCUCUUAAAAGUGAAAGACAGAGAGAAAUAAUUUAACAGAUGAACAGAUGUGACUUUUAAGAGUUUUGUUAUUGGAGAAUUGUAUAUUUUUAUAAUACUUAAAGAAAAAAUUAGAGGGAGAGCAAAUUUGGAGAAUAAUUUUGUAUAUUUUCUACAUGACAUAGAGAUGGGGGGGCAAAGCUAUGGUGAAUAUCUUUUUAUUAUAGAUGAGUCCGGAGAUGUUUUAACAGGUGAUCAGCCAUCGAUGGGUAUUUUUUCGACUUGAUUAUCGCAGUCAGGAUGCAGCAGCGGGGGCGAGGACGCAUGUAACAAUUGUAAUAUAGAGAGCAAAAAUGAUCUUAUAAUCGUAUAGUUCAACAUUUUUGUGGAUUUUACUCAAGCACUUAAUUUUCCUUUUUCCUGUUUAUGUUUCUGUCACCGGGAACGGGGCACGCAGAGAAAGACAAGGGGAGACACUGUGUAAACAGUCCAGCACUAUCUUCAGCACUCGUCUCGUGCAUUCUUCUUUUUUAAUUUGCCUUUUAUAGAACUUCAUCCUUUCUAACUAAAUUCCCAGACCUUUUUUUUUUGUUAUUUGUACUUUGAGCUUAACUUUAUGCGAUUGGUACAUCUUCCUCUAGUCCGUACUUGUAUCUUUGAAUCUCUAGCUCUCUUGCUCUAUCCCAGCUGAGUGCUUUUAAUCUGCUCUGGUGUUUUUCGUAUCUUACCUAAGCUGGUGAAAGCCUGCUGUUGUGAUGCCCCGGGUGACUCUGCUCUGCUCUGGAUCCCUCUCUUUGAAUUGUCGGGACUUUUCUCUCUCUCUUUCUCUCUCUCUUUCUCCUCUGUUUCUAUAAUCCAACCGCUCUAUUUCUGUCUGCUCUCACUUGCAGCCAGUCCCCUCGCAGCAACGUGCAAAAACUCUCCCCGCGACGUUUUUGUCCCCAUGUCUCUCUCUUUUGCGCCUCGACCGGUGCGGAGCACUUCAAAUCUCAGUGUUGUAGACGUAUUCUGAAAAAAAGUAACCAAUCUUCCCGGUAAAACGCACAUUGUUACUUUACUGUACUUUUCAUGAACACACUUUAAUUAGCAUUAUUAUGGGUUGGGGGAAGAAUGUUGUGUAUAUUGGAUAGGCCUAUACUAUUUUGUGUAUUUGAUGUAUUCCAGGAAAUGGGUUUUAAUACCCCCGUUGAGUGGAAUGGUGUUAAUUUCUCAGAUUUCUGGGAGAAAUAAAAGCCAAAAUUUUCCUAUGUUGAUCCACAAAGCUUGUUGCUAUUUAGUGCUUUUUUUCCUUACUGUUUACUCCUGUUAUUACUUUUUACUGUAUCUAUAAAUUUCUCUGUGUACCCACAACACCUACACAGGGGCAUGGUACACUAUGUUAUGUUUCUAGGGGAAGGGAUGACUAGUAAUAGAGUGUGAUUUUAAUCCCCUUUAACGACCAUGAUGAAUAAUUACCAUUUCUGCUAUUAUUAUUGUUAUGGUUAUGAUGAUUAUCCCUCUUGUUGUUGCUGUUCUAUAUUAUCGAAUGAUUUUCUUUCUUUGGAUGAACAUUAUCUGUUGCACCUUGAAACAUCGUUGAUCUCCAGUAUUCCUCAGAAAGACUAUUCAAAUAGAAAAACAAACCCCUCACUGUCCGCCAUUUGCAUCCUGUCUCAGACCUCCAGACAUCACUCGGACACUACUUCCAACCUUCUCUGAACAUGGACCUCAUGAGCGUGGCUCAGUAAUGUGAACAUGAUGUUCACGUGGACUUUACCUUUCACGAUGACCUCCUCUGUUCCUCCAGCGGUGUACGGACUAUGCACACCAUCAGUAUGCUCUUUGUUGGUUUAUUUCCGCCUUUAUCACCUCAAUCAGUGAUUGUUUGCUCUCCCAACAGGAUUUUAGUCUCUAAUAUCCUCACAGAUGUGGUUGAUAAAUCUUUUAGUGACUCUAAUUGAACUACAACUGCCCUGCUGCAUCAGUGGUGUCCGUGGUGCCCAGCCCCACGUGGUGCUGGUUAUUUGGAUGUAGUCAAGAUUUUUCCAAAUACACCAAUAAAAGAUUGUUCUCAUUCA